CCAAAGAACAGGACUUAAUGGGCAUCUGAGAAUUCACAUUGGAGAGAAAUUUUAUGCAGUAUAAUUGUGAGGCCUUCAGACUGAAGACCAAAUUUGUAGCGGAGAGAAGCUGAAGAAGGUUGGCCUUCGAAGGAGUUUACUUUUCCCAAAGUAAAGAGAGGCUUGAGGAGGGCAGAAUGGCCUCUGGGCUCCUGACAGUCAGGGCCCAUCAGGGGCCAGUGACCUUCAAGGAUGUGGCCGUGGACUUCUCCUGGGAGGAGUGGGGGCACCUGGGCCCUGCCCAGAAGAGGCUGUACCGGGAGGUGAUGCUGGAGAACUACAGGAACCUGGUCUGCCUGGGGCUUGCUGCUUCCAGUCCAGAGGUGGUCUGCCAGCUGGAGCGAGGAGAAGGGCCCUGGAUGCCGGAGGGAGACGUCCCAGGAAGCAGCUGUGCAGUUUGGGGAACUAGACUUGAAAUCAGGGGGUCAGCUUCACCUCUGAGACUUCUGAUGCAAGAAUCAUCUCAGGAAAGACUCAAAGGGGAUAAUCCCUGUGACUUCAAUCAGGAAGAAGCCUGGGAAUGUGGUGCUAGUUUAGAGAGGCAGCAGCACAGUGAGAAGAAUGUCCCUAAAUGUGAUUUACAUAGAGAGAGCAAGUAUAAAGAAUGUGGGAAACCUUUCAAUUAUAUAUCAGACCUCAUGGAGUAUAAGCCAGUUCAUGCUAGAGAGAAAUGUUAUAAGUAUAAGGAAUAUGGGAAGGCCUUCUCCAGGAACUCACAGCUUAUUGAACAUAAAAUUCAUACUGGAGAAAAGCUGUGUGAAUGUAAAAUAUGUGGGAAAGCAUUUUGCCAGUGCUCAAAACUUGAUCAACAUCAAAUGAUUCAUACUAGAGAAAAAGCUUAUGUAUGCAAUGACUAUGAGAAAGGCUUCCACCAGAGCUCAGCACUUACUCAACAUCAAACUAUUCAUUCUGGAGAUAAACCUUAUGAAAACAAUGAAUCUGGGAAAAUCUUCAGCUCAAGAUUUAUAGGACAUCAACGAAUUCAUAUGGGAGAGAAGCCUUAUGAAUGUAUUGACUGUGGGAAAACUUUCCAUCAUAGAACUGGACUUAUUGAACAUCAGAGAAUUCAUAGUGGGGAGAGAGCUUAUGAAUGUUAUGAAUGUGGGAAAGCCUUCUGCCAGAAACCGGGACUUAUUCAGCAUCAGAGAAUUCAUACCGGAGAAAAACCUUAUGAGUGUAAGGAAUGUGGAAAGGCCUUCUGUAGGAAUUCACAGCUCACUGAACAUAAGAGGAUUCAUACCGGAGAGAAACCUUAUGAAUGCAGUGAAUGCGGAAAGGUCUUCCGACAGCGCUCAAAGCUUACUAGACAUCAGAUAAUCCAUACCAGAGAGAAAAUUUACAUAUGUAGUGACUGUGGGAAAGCCUUCCAUCAGAGUUCAGCACUUAUUCAACAUCAGACAAUUCAUACUGGAGAAAAGCCUUAUGAAUGUAAUGAAUGUGGGAAGGCCUUUAGCCUGAGCACACGAUUAUUUAUACAUCAGCGAAUUCAUACUGGGGAGAAGCCUUAUGAAUGUAUGAAUUGUGGAAAGGCCUUCCAUCAUAGAACAGGACUUACUGAACAUCAGAGAAUUCAUACUGGAGAGAGAGCUUAUGAAUGUUAUGAAUGUGGGAAAGCCUUCUGCCAGAGAGCAGGACUUACUCAGCAUCAGAGAAUUCAUACCAGAGAGAAACCUUAUGAAUGUAAGGAAUGUGGGAAGACCUUUUGCCAAAGAAUAGGACUUACUCAACAUGAGCGAAUUCAUACUGGAGAGAAACCUUAUGAAUGCAAUGAAUGUGGGAAAGCCUUCCGAGUGAGAACACAGCUUACUCAACAUCAGAUUAUUCAUACUGGAGAGAAACCUUAUGAAUGCAAUGUAUGUGGGAAGACUUUCUGCCAGAGCUCACAGCUUACUAGACACCAGAUAAUUCAUACUGGAGAGAAACCAUAUGAAUGCAAUCAGUGUGGGAAGGCUUUCCGCCGAAGUGCUGGGCUUAGUCGACAUCAGACAAUUCAUACUGGAGAAAAGCCUUUUGAAUGUAAAGAAUGUGGGAAGGCCUUUAGGCUUAGCACAGCACUUACAGAACAUCAGAGAAUUCAUACCGGAGAGAAACCUUUUGAAUGUAACGAAUGUGGAAAAGCCUUCCGUCUGAGCAUAGGACUUACUGAGCAUCAGAGAAAUCAUACAGGAGAGAAACCAUAUGAAUGUAUUGAAUGUGGAAAGGCCUUUAGCCAGAGUACACAGCUUAAUCGACAUCAGAGAAUUCACACUGGAGAAAAACCAUAUGAAUGCAAUGAAUGUGGAAAGGCCUUUGGCCAAAGAUCACAUCUUACUCAACAUCAGACAGUUCAUACUGGAGAGAAGCCUUAUGAAUGUAAUGAAUGUGGGAAAGCCUUUAGUAGAAGUACAGGUCUUACUGGACAUCUGAGAAUUCAUACUGGAGAGAAACCUUAUGAAUGCAAUGAAUGUGGGAAGACCUUCCGCCUAAAGACAGGACUUGCUGAACAUCAGCGAAUUCAUACUGGAGAGAAACCAUAUCAGUGUAAUGAAUGUGGAAAUAACUUUCGCCUAAGCAAACAGCUUACUCAGCAUUACAAAAUUCAUACUGGAGAAAUACCUUAUGAAGGUCAGGAAGACCACUGUUUCUUUGUUCCAUGUCAGAUAGCUGACCAUUCUCCAGAAGAAGUUAUGCACAACUGAGACUUCUCAGGAGCUUGAUCUCUCACACACUAUGAUGGACUGACUACUCAGCUCCAUAUACAUCCUUUCCAGGGUUCCCAUUUUGGGGUCCAGAUUCCAUCAGUGAAGUCAAAGAUGCAAAAGGUGCUCUGUGUGUGGCUUAACUCCCAAACUGGACAGCUAUGGACAUAAUAACUACAUCGUCCCCUAGGUCAUAAGCAAUUAUUGAGUCUUUACUUGAACUAUCACACCAAUAUUGAUGACUGAGGUCAUUGUGUGUUGCCCACAGAUGGCCUGAGAGCUUGUUAUGUGCCAUUGGAGCGUCUUGCUCUUUAAUGAUGAGAGCAGUGUUCUCAUAUGGUCACCUAGUGCAGAAAUGAUGUCAAGCUCUCCCAAUCUACUUAGAGCUGAUUCAAUUAGGCUCUUGUAAUAAGGACAAUGACUUAUUCUAAUUGUGGUGCUAUCUUUCUGGUCCUUUAUGUACAUUCCAAAAUGAAACCACAACAUUGGCUUAUCCCCAGGGUGUCCAACACAAUCUUGCUUAUCUCUCUGAGGCAGCAAGGAAACUCAGGUGCUAGUCAGUUCUCUAAGUUGUCAGUCAGACAGCUGUCCUCAUAGAACAAGAAGAGUACUGGAAAGCCGCAGGUCGGUCAAGAACAUCUGGCAUUUAAUCUACUGCCUCCUACCUUCUCUCCAGUUUUUAGAUUCCAUACUUAGGUGGCAAUAGGGUCCUAUUCUCACUCAAAUCACAGAUACCAGGAAUUAGGUCUGUAUUUAUUAUCUUACAAAAUGCACCACGAUUGCAUCAUGAAAGUUGAAUGUGGUAAAAAAUGAAGGUUUUUAACUAAAAUGUAACCGCCAGUUUUUGAAGGACCAACCUUUCAGGGAGGAGACAGUGAUGAACAGCCAUGCGCCUGCCACUGCCCGGGAGAGCGUGGCCGAGCACGCGAGACUUCCGGGAUUUGAGCUUAAAGAUGAGGAGAGAAGGAAGUGGGCACUCACUCUCGGCACACACACGCUGGCUCAGGUUUGACAGCAUGUUCGGGUGAUCGGCUCUGGUCCUCGGUGGCAGCAUGCGCUUGAUGCUGGUUCUCAGCCUGAAAGGUAGCUUUGGGCAAAUUACAAAAACCACUUUAUUAGCCUCACUCUCCUUCAUCUGGUUUUGUUUAUUAAAGAGACUAUGUCAAGUUGGAUAUGAGUCGACUACUCCAGAAUAUGCAAUUGCACAAACAUUUCACAUAUAGGAGAUCUAGAGUUAGUUUAUAGACCCUCUAAAAAUGCCUGCACCCUCUGUGCCCUGUACUGUUCAGGCACCCUCCAUAGGGUUGCAUGGAGGCUUCCCAGCCUCACUAGUAGUGAGGAGCCUCUCAGUGUUAGGCUGGGCUAGUCCUUGGAAAGCAGGCUCAGUCUGUCGCUAGGUCUGUUCUUACAAUCUUUCCAGCAGAGGCAGAAACCUUUUACUGCUUUAAGUUUCUAGAAAUCUUUUUGUAAAGAGAGAUCACUUUUUCCUUGUAUAACAUCCUCAACCUCCUCUUUAAGUGGCAGAAUCAUUGAGUCAAAGGAUAUGAAGGUCUUUAUCUCUUGGUGAAGUUGCAUUGCGAUCACCAGUUGGGGGCAGCUAGGGGACACAGUGGAUAGAGCACCUGCCCUGGAUUCAGGAGGACCUGAGUUCAAAUCUGGCCUCAGACACUUGACACCUUCUAGCUGUGUGACCCUGGGCAAGUCACUUAACCCUCAUUGCUCCACCAAAAAAAAAAAGAUGACCAGUAAGCUGACCAAUUAGCAUUGAAUUCUCUGGCUAUGGCAACCUGUGCAACUAAGAAGAAUGCAAAAAUCUCCUUCAGUAUUCUGGCCACCUGAGCAGACAGGUAUGUGCAGAUACAGUCUUAUACCAUUUGUCCCUUAAGCUUUCACCUUGGAGGCUUGGGUUCAGGGAAGAGAAAUGGAGAUGUCACUGCUAAUCUAUAUGUGGAGGGAAUGCCUGCCAUCUCCCUUCUCUCUCCCCCUGGGGAGAUCCUCAACAUUUUCUCCAUAGGUGAUAAAGUUUACCCUCUGGUCCUCGAAUUAGUUUGCUUUCCUCCAAGACUCAGCAUUUAAGGACCUGGGCCCUCUUACAAGGGCAUCCAGGACCAUGUCUAGGAGAGAGCCGUCCUCUGGGGCAAAGGGGUGGACCACACCUCUUCACCUCACCUCAUGUCAGGACACUGACUUCCCUUUUCCACUGACUCCCCAUUGGAUUGGGGUGCUCUCACUCCUGGGGUCUCUGGCCAAACCCUUUAUGGAUUCUUUCUUUAGUUGAGCAUCUCCUUCCUGCCUGCAACACCUGGGUUUGGAAGAGAAGGUUGAGAGGGAGCCCAAGGUCCCAUGGAGAAACUCAGGAGCUCUGGAGACAUUUCUGUGAUCUCCAACUGAGAAAGGAGGUUAUUCCUCCUGUUAAAGUGAGACAGAUGAAACCACCUGGAUGAGUAUGGUAGCUAUGGAUGAUUAUAAGUCCCACAAUCCCUGGCAGAUGGCCACAUGCAAGGCUGACUUCGAAAUGCUGGAGCGAAUGUCUGUUCAUCUGGACAGUCCUACCACCAAUGAGUUGUCAGUGUCCAAAGCCAUGACUUUUUACAAAUUGAAACCACCUCCCAACAUUUCUGACAAACACAUCAGCCAUUUAAAACAAGCUGUCCAAAUGCCAGCCUAGGUUCUGCAUUGUUAGAGCUGGUGACACCCUGAGGUUUCCCUGUGGCCCAUGUGGGGCAUCUGUUCCCUGAGAUGGAAUUCAUCCCUGUGCCCACACACCAGAAUGACAACACAGCCAAACAUUGACAAGAAGCCCUCCCCCAAAGGGCUCCAAGAAAACCCAUCAGGCAGGAGAGGAGGAAGCAGCUGACUUACAGUCCAUGAGAGUGUUCAAGAGACACCCCAAGAAGGAAGCAGAGAAGCCCCUCCCCCUUCAGACAAAGAACUGUGCCCCAGCAAGGGCGAGUGAAGAGAAGCAAGCCCAAAGACCAGCAAUGAGGAGAAGGGCACCCCUCCUUCAGCAAAGGGGGCCAGGUCAGGACCAGGGCAGAGGCCUGGCCAGAGAAAACCUCCCCCACUUUCACUGUCAUGCAGAUGUCAUCUCCAUCUGCCCAGAUCAGAAAGGCCGGUCAGGGAAGGGGCCCUCGACACCUUCACCCCAUUCACAGCAUGUCCAACCUGAGCUCAGGGCCUUGCCCAUUCCUUGCUGGCCAGCAGUUCCACCCCUGGGCAAGGCAGCUUGUCAUGCAUCUCACCCUGGCUACUAUGCCUUCAGGUGAAGCAGUCUGUCCUGGCCUCUCAAGGCCUGGCCGUGUCAUCCUGGGUCAGGCUCUCCCAGGCACAGGGUGGUAGCAUGAGGCAGAUGGUGCUUCAGCCCCAUCACCAUCCUUCUGCUUAGCCCUGAUCUCCCCUUCAUGGCUGGGGUAGUAGCCUGGGCAGCCUCUUAGAGGGCAAGGCUGCCAGUUUAGCCACCUGGCCUGCUAAAGUAGCAUUAGACUCAGGCUUCAACCCAAUGCCUGCCCUUCAAAUAUCCUCUCUGCCUGUCCAGAAGAGGAGACCUCUGCAAUAACCUUGUGCACCUAGUGAGUGGUUACGGCCAAAGUGGGAACUUAUUAUUUUUGACUAGCUAGUGUCAAGUAUCCGAGGCUGGAUUUGAACUCAGGUCCUCCUGAAUCCAGGGCUAGUGCUCUAUCCACUGCGCCACCUAGCUGCCCCUGACUAUGCAUACUUCUUAUAAGGGAGUGGAGGUAAUGAGAGGGAGAUAAAAUAAAUAUUUGUUCACUGAAAAACUCAUUCACAAAAAUAAAACUAUAGCAAAGAAUACCCCCAAAUGGGCUAGCAACAUCCAAGACAGUACAUAUUUACCGAUGAUGAAUUUGAGGUAAAUGGGCCCAAGACAUGUCAGUUUCUGAGCCAUAGGGGAGGCACCAAGGGACAGGAGGUGACAAACAUCAUCCUGAUUUUGCAAACAGGGAAGAGAAUAUACCCCAAAGUAUGGAACGCUAAGCUUGGUGUGUUUUACUGGAGAGGUGUUUGUGUGAGAAAUGGCCAUUUGUAACCCAUGUCUUUGAGAUUCAGUCCUGACUCCCUCAGUCCUGGCUUUCCCCAUUCCAAAGUCCAAAGUCCGUCUUGAUAAGAUGAAGUCAACUCUUCUUGGUCCUCGUCAGACUGACCCUUCUAAAUCCUUGUUAGGGCCAUCAACAUUUGGUCUGGGGUGAAAAUUCCCAUGGUGUCCUUUUAAGGAGAUAGGCCUUCUGUUCAGAUAGGAAGGCCUUCCUUCCAACGAGGGGCUAUUCACCUGUUUGAAAAAGGAUUUGCAUUCUUUGGAGAGUUAACCCAAGGUCCGGGCUGGCCUGGCUUUAGCCCUUCAUUUUCAUGUAGUCAAGUAUCCAACAUGGAGAACAGGAAAUGUGUGGAGUUUGUAUUUCUCAAGUCGAUCAAUCCGAGGUGAUUAGGCAUCUCUCAGGAACACCUGCUCUUCGAAGGGCAUAUAGACUGACCCCACUGCCAUGAAGCGUCUCUGGUCUGAGGGAGACAGCCAAUAGACCUCCUUUUAUUAAUAACCUGCCAGCCUAUUUAACAACAUGAUUCAAUUACCCAGAAACGGUGUCUCUGAUCAUCACAGCUGGCGAACGCUUAGCAAAGACAAAAUGGUCACAGUCAUGCCAGGCUAACCUCAAUUCUUUUUUUGAAAGUAUCUGCACAGACCAGAGGAAUGCUGCAAGUUUGGCCUCCCUACCUUUGAGCUAUGUAACGAUUGGAAUGACACCCCCUGCUGGAGACUUACUGUAGAAGAGUUCCACCCAUGAAGUGAAGGUCUUUGAGGGCAAGAC